AUGAUCAGCGCUCAGCCUUCCCAGGCCCUGAUCGCUCGCACAGCCUUUCGAGCAGCGACCACCACUGUCGCCUCGAGGGCCGCCGUUGCACCUUCGCCGCUGGCUCGCAGCGCUUCGGCCCUGCUUGCCUCCAACAGCGCUUCUUCCCAGCAGUCCAGCAGAAGCUUUGCCUUAUCCGCCAUCUCUCGCCAAGCUGUCGAAACUUCCAUCCCCACUCCAGCUGCCGACGCCGAUGCUGAUCUCACAUCUGUAUCAGCCCAACGCGAACUUCCAACCUCUGGCAGGAAGAAGCGCGGCGCCAAACCCUCCACCGACGCCGACAAGGCCAAGCUGCUCCUCAAAUGGGGUUGGUUCGAACCAGGCGCACCCGAGAUUCAGCAGCUGCUAGACGGUUUCCGACGCAGCAACACUUUCCCCGACUGGCUCAGACGCACUUACGAGGACGUCAAGAGUUUCCGAUCCGCCCGCUCCCGUCUCUGGUCGCCCACCACGGAAGAGAUCCGCACCCUCGUCGGCCAAGAAGCCACCAUCCGCGAACCACAGGAAUGGAUCGACCGCCAGAUCAAGUCGUACCGUAAGACGCUCGAGGCUGCCGACGCCAAAGCCAAUGGUGCUACCAAAGAGCUACCCGAGUACAUCUCACAGGCCGACCUCUGGGAUAUGAUGGACUACGAACAGCAGGUCGACUUUGCGCUGCGCGGUGUGUGGCAGAGCAUGUCGCAGGAGCAGCGUGCCAGUGCACUGCUGCGCAGUCGAUUCGACAGCAUCCGCAAGCUCGGCUGGAGGCAAGGCUACUCGUCCGGCUACCCGCGACCACAGCAGGGCGGCGAAAGCUCGCACCUGCCCGACAAGCUCGGUGCUCGAGACGAAGCAGGAUGGGUUGCCUUCCGCGCCCUGCAACAAGCCGAGGAGCAGGAAGCCUGGGCCGCAUGGCAGCAGCUCUCUCCCGAAGAGCGUGUAGCCGAAGAGAAAGCGGCUUGGAAGCUUCGUGAUCGAUCGCAAGUCUACCUCGACGAUUCCGAGGACUCGCUCGUCCUCGCUUCUCCCUCGCCGCGAUGGUACGCUGUCCCCGAGCGCGCAGGCGAACUCACCUUCCUGCCGAACACAAUCAUCAAGCUCGUCAAGAACCACACCCCGGAAGGAUCCGACUACGACGCUUUCAAAGCCACCUUCCGCGUACCCCUCUCGAUGCACAAGCACGCGCUCCGCUCCUACCUCCUCUCCAUCUACGGUCUCAAAACCACCUGGGCCCGUUCGUCCAUCUACCGCUCCCCCGUCACACGCGACAACCGAACGGGAAAAGUCAUCUCCGGUCGUGGACGAACCUACAAGAAGGUCGAAGUCGGACUGUUGGAGCCGUUCCUGUUCCCGGAGAUUUCGCCUGAUUUUGCCAAGCAGCACUUGCUGACGUCCGAGUUGGAUUAUGAGCGAAGCAGGGUGUACCUCAAGAUGACAAAGACUACGAGGUGGAGGGGUAAGAAGUCGACGGAGCAGUUUGAGCAAGAGAUCGCCAACAGGGAUAGGGGUAUGUACCAUCAGCUGGAUGCGUUGGCGAGCGAAGGGAUCGUAGGUGAGGCAAAGGCGGAGGCGGAGAGGUUCCCGAGGUUUAUGGUCAAGACAAAGGGUUUGCCGAGUGCCAAGCAUGGUAAGAUUCUGGAACUGUUGGCCGAGGAGAGGAAGGUCAAGGAGAGGAGGGUGGAGGAGCUGGUACAGCAGUUCAAGAGGGAUGCUGCCAAGGCGGCCGAGGGGUCUUCCGAAGCUGCUUAG